AUGCAAGCUGUCGAGGUGGUCACGCAAACGCAGAACAUCGACCGGCGGACAUGCCACCGCGUCAAGCCGAUGCAAGUCCUUGUUUUGGGUCUUUGUCGCACGGGGACUCUCUCAACAUGGCUCGCCCUCCAGCAAUUAGGCUACGACACGUACCACAUGACAUCGAUCAUGCAGAACCCCCAAGACGCCAACAUGUGGGCUGACGCAUUCCGCGGGAAAUACCACAACGGGACGCCCUUCACCCGGAAGGAAUGGGACCAGCUGCUGGGCCACGUCGAAGCGACGACCGACUUCCCCGGCGCCGUCUUCGUCGAGGAGCUAACCACCGCCUACCCGGACGCCAAGGUGGUGCUGACACUGCGCGACGUCGAUGACUGGUACGUCUCGAUGCAGAACACCAUUAUGCGCCGCACCUACAGCCCGCUGGCGACGCUGCUGGGCUGGAUCGACCCGAACGUGUUCGGUAUCGGCAACCGCAUGGUGCGCAUGGGCUUCGACGGGUUCUUCGGCGGCGACUUCGAAAAGAACGGCAAGCAGGCCUUCCUCGACCACUACGACCAUGUGCGUCGCGUCGUGCCCGCUGACAACCUCCUCGAAUGGAACCCCAAGGAGGGAUGGGCGCCGCUGUGCGAGUUCCUGGGCAAGCCUAUCCCUGACACGCCGUUCCCGCGGGCCAACGAGGGCACCAUCUUUCAGAAGAAGGUGCGCUCCGUCGUCCAGUCGUCGUUCGCCAGGUUUUUGGGCCGGGUUGCGGUCUACGGCCUGGGGGUUGGGAUUGCCGUGCUGGCGGCGAAGUAUGGCCGGGAGGCGUUUUUGAAUUAG